AUGGAAAGAUUCCUCAACAACAUCGACCAAGAGGAACCCGUCAGAUUCUCACCGGAGCAACUUGGCCAAAUCACAAACAACUACACCACUGUUCUGGGGUCUGGUGCUUUUGGAGAGGUUUGUAAAAGUGAAUUGUCAAAUGGACAGCAAGUUGCAGUGAAAGUUCUCAAAAGUUUGGAUCCUGGGACAGAAGAGCAAUUCAAAGCAGAAGUUAGCACUAUUGGAAGAACUUACCAUAUCAAUGUAGUUACGCUUUAUGACUUCUGCUCCCACCGUGACAAGAGAGCUCUUAUAUACGAGUUUGUGCAAAAUGGGUCUCUCAACAACUUAUUAUUUGGCAGUCUGAGCACAGAAAUCCAGUGUGGGAAGCUUCAUGAGAUUGCAAUUGGAACAGCAAAAAGAAUUGACUACUCACAUGAAGAGUGUCAACAAAGAGUCAUUCUUUACGCUAUUAAACCGGAGAAUAUACUUCUGGGCCUGAACUUGGAACCAAAAGUUGCAGACUUUGGUCUUCCAGUCUGUCUAGUAAAUAAACCUUUUUAA